AUGGCUGUGGCGCUGGAUGCGGUUUGGGUCCGGGUGAAGAAUGUGUGCAAACAGAACGGGCUCCUGAUUCUUUCCGUGCUCGCUGUCGUCAUAGGAUGCCUUCUGGGCUUUUUCCUGCGGACGCGGGGUCUCUCUGAGCAGGAGGUAAAAUAUUUCCAGUUCCCUGGAGAGCUACUUAUGAGGAUGCUAAAAAUGCUCAUUCUACCACUCGUUGUGUCCAGUUUGAUGUCUGGACUUGCAGCUCUGGACGCCAAGUGCUCAAGCCGGCUGGGCCUCAUCACCAUCUCCUAUUACCUUUGGACGACAUUUGUGGCCGUGGUGGUGGGCAUCAUCAUGGUGUCAAUCAUCCAUCCAGGGGGUGCGGCGCAAAAGGAGGAUUCAGAGGACAGCAGCAAGCCCAUCAUGAGCUCUGCAGACGCGCUGCUCGACCUCAUCCGAAACAUGUUUCCAUCAAACCUGGUUCAAGCAACAUUUCAACAAUAUCGGACUAGGAGCAUACCCAUCAUGAAGACCCCUAAACCCACAGUCAGUCAGGCUCUGACAGAGACGACGACGCGGCGGGCCCUCAUCUACGGCAUUCAGGACGAUAACGGAACCGACAUUCAGAACUUUUCCCUGGACCUGACGCCACCCCCCGAUGUCAUCGUCCGCACACUCCCGGGCACCAGCGACGGCAUGAAUGUGCUGGGAAUUGUCAUAUUCUCUGCCACUAUGGGAAUAAUGCUCGGCAGAAUGGGCCCUAAUGGCAGUGCUCUCGUCAAUUUCUGCCAAAGUCUGAAUGAAGCUGUCUUGAAGAUUGUUGCCAUUGUCAUCUGGUAUUUCCCCUUUGGUAUUGUAUUCCUGGUUGCUGGGAAGAUCCUGGAGAUGAGUGAUCCUUCAGCCAUGGGUAAAAAGCUGGGGUUCUACGCUGUCACUGUGGUGAUGGGGCUCAUACUGCAUGGCCUUUUCAUCCUGCCCAGCAUGUACUUCUUCAUCACCAAGAAGAGCCCCAUCGUCUACAUCCGUGGUAUCCUGCAGGCCCUGCUUAUUGCACUCGCCACCUCCUCCAGCUCUGCCACACUGCCUAUCACCUUCAAGUGCCUCCUUGAGAACAAUCACAUUGACCGCCGUAUCAUCCGCUUCGUGCUGCCUGUUGGUGCCACAAUCAACAUGGAUGGCACAGCGCUGUACGAGGCGGUGGCCGCCAUCUUCAUCGCCCAGGUCAACAACUACGAGCUGGACUUUGGCCAGAUUAUCACUAUCAGUAUCACUGCCACAGCAGCCAGUAUCGGUGCCGCAGGGAUUCCACAGGCUGGCCUGGUUACUAUGGUGAUAGUGUUAACCUCUGUAGGAUUACCAACUGACGACAUCACUCUCAUCAUUGCAGUGGAUUGGGCGCUAGAUAGGUUCAGGACUAUGGUCAAUGUGAUGGGGGAUGCGCUGGCCACUGGCAUUAUGGCACAUAUCUGCAGAAAGGACUUCAUCAAGGAAGGAGAAGGAGUGCCCCUUAUCUGUGAGACCAAGCCCAUGAUCAAUAUCCAGCAGCUCAUGACCUACCAGAACAACGGUGGUUUCCAGCCUCCUCCGGACACUAAAACGGAUCACAUUCCUCCUGACGUUGCACGCCUGAUGCAGCUUGAGGAAGGUGUGAGGCCGUACGAGAAGAAGAAGCCCCCAGUGUCUCACAAGCGGGCCGACAGGGACAAGCACAGGGACCACUGUUCCAUUGACAUGAACGGCCUCGAGACUAACGUAUAA